UAUUAGAGGAGAUAAUUAAAGAAACAGCGCAUCAAAUUAAAGAAGAAAUGGGGAAAGGAAGGGCUCCAUGUUGUGAUAAGAGUCAAGUGAAGAGAGGGCCAUGGAGCCCUGCUGAAGAUUUGAGGCUCAUCACUUUCAUCCAAAACCAUGGCCAUGAUAAUUGGAGAGCUCUCCCUAAACAAGCAGGAUUGUUAAGGUGUGGGAAAAGUUGUCGGCUAAGAUGGAUCAACUACCUUCGACCAGACGUGAAACGAGGAAACUUUACACAAGAGGAGGAGGAAACCAUAAUCAAGUUGCAUAAAACUUGGGGAAACAAGUGGUCUAAAAUUGCAUCUCGUUUGCCAGGUAGAACGGACAAUGAGAUAAAGAACGUUUGGAACACACAUUUAAAGAAGAGAUUAUUGCCAAUGACCAAUGUUGUUCCUGAAAACUCUAGUGACGAACCAAAAGAGUCGUCGCCGACAUCUUCUUCCUCCUCUUUCUACUCCUCCUCCAGCUUACUAUCCUCCAACCAAAAUCAGAACAUAGAGACAGAACAACUCAACAAGACCAACUCCACUAUUAACAACAACAAUAACAACCUCUUUUGUCCUAAACCACAAACAACCAGCUCCCUUUCAACUAACACCUCAAAUUCAAAUUCAAGUUGGCUCCAAAACCACUUUGAUUUUGGAGAAGAAGUGGAGAAGAAGAAAGAGAAUAAACAAAUGGAAUUGGAAUCGGAAUUGGAAUCUCAAUCAAACACUAUGGGAAUUGAUAUCCCAUUGGAAUGCGACAAAGAUUUUUGGAACAUGUUAGAUUUAGACAUAGAUUUGUUCGAAUCUGACGUGGUAGAUCAAAAUUAUUGUCAAGGUUCAAACUUUGGAGCACAAAAAAACCAGAAUUUCGAAAAUCACAAGUGGUUUAAGUAUUUGGAGAACGAGUUGGGGUUGAACCGGCCGCCAGAAUCCGAUGGCCGUGCCGAUGCCGAAGACACGACCGCGGCGGAGAGAUUAUUUGUGAACGAUGUAGACCCUUGCAUGGCUUAUUUUACAGAUGGGUUCACUCAACAACUUUAGAGCUAAAAAAUCCAAUAACUUCAAGAGAAAAAAAAAACCACAUAAAAAGAAUUUAUAGUACUUUUUUUAUUAAAAAGAAUUUGACUUAGUA